AUGCAGUAUCUUCUCAUGAAACCCGCCUUUCUGUUGGCUGUCCUAGCGACAGCCACCACAGCGCCAACCUGGACCCAGAUCAUCUGGCACGACAUUCAAGCUGCGACCAGCUGCACUGCCUGCGAGACGCUGCUCAAAUCACUUCAACAAGCAUCUCAACUCGGUCCAUCGACCCUCCAGACCAUCCUCACCGAUGUAUGCAUUUUAAGCAAGAUCCUCGACGCCGACUUCUGCACCGGACUCAUAGCCUCCCAAGUCCCCAGCGCAUACUAUGUGCUUCGUCAACUGUCCAUUCCGUCAGACACCGCGCAAACCUUUUGUGCCAGCGUGUUGGAUUUGUGUCCGUAUCCGCCGAUUCCUCCUAUCAACCUGACCUUCCCUCCUCCACCACUAUAUUUCCCUAUCACCACCACCACCACCACCCAAGAUAAUAACAAAACUAACAAUAUAACCCUCCGAAUCGCCCACAUCACCGACACCCACGUCGACCUCCAAUACACGCCCGGCACGAGCACCCACUGCCGCAAGCCCAUCUGCUGCCGCCAAUACCACGCCAACGAUGCCCCAGGCCGGUCCAAAACUCCAUGCUCAACCUGGGGAAGCCCACACUGCGAUCCCCCUUUAAAACUACUACACAACAUGCUCUCCACAUUACAAUCACAACAACCACACCUAACCCUGUUCACCGGCGACAUUGUCGCCCACGACAUCUGGAACACAAGCCAGGAAUCAGUACUAGCAAGCUUCAACGCGACCAACUCCGCCCUCCACACCCUACUAAACAAUCACCCAAUCUACGCCUCCAUCGGAAACCACGACACCCACCCCGUAAACUUCUUCCCAGGGAGUCCAAACAUCCCCAAAGAACUAGUAGAUGUAGAAUGGACCUACACCGCACUAACCACCCACUGGAGAACCCUCCAAAACAACCCUACAUUAAGAACUACUACCUCCGGCGCAUACGCAACAACACAUACCCUCCUCCCUCCCACAUCACCCACACAAGAACAAACUACCCAACCUUCAACCCCAAAAAUCAAAAUAAAAAUAAUCUCCUACAACAGCAACCUCUACUACCGUCUCAACCUCCUCCUCUACACGACCCCUAUGCCAGAUGACCCACUGGCCCAGUUCACGUGGCUGAUCGCCGAACUCCACACCGCGGAACAAGAAGGACAUAAAGUCCUUUUGAUAACGCAUAUCCCUAUCUCGAGUAAAGAUACUUUACCUGCGUAUGCGAAUUCCCUACGGGAAAUACUCUAUAGGUAUAAGGAUACGGUCGUGGGUGUGUUUUGUGGUCAUGGACAUGUUGAUACGUUUGGGGUGUUUUAUAGUUCUUCUCAUUCUUCUGGUGGUGGUAGUAGUAGUAAUGGGAGUGCUGGUAGUGAUGGUGAUAGUGAUAGUGAUAGUCAUGAGAAUCAGGGGCACCGGCAAGGGAAGAUCACUGUGGAGAACAACAACAACAACAACGAGGUGACAGUGGAGAAAGGGGAAAGGGAAGAAGUGAUAGGCGUGGGGAUGAUGGCGCCGGCGAUGACGCCUACGUCGGGGUAUUCUGCUUUUAGGGUGUAUGAUGUGCAGUUUAGCUGUGGUGGGGGUGGGUGGAAGGUAUUGGAUUUUGAGGAGUAUAUUGCGAGAUUCCCUCAACAUAGUCUUCAGGGGGAUAGUGAUGAAGAUAGUAAGAGCACCACCACCACCACCACCACUAAUAGGGGAAAAGGUGAGCCAGUAUGGGUCAGGUAUUACUCUGCUAUGGAAGCUUAUGGGAAGUAUGUCUAUCCUAAUUGGGCUGGUACAGUUCCUAAUGGCAUUGGUGCUGGUGGCGGAGCUGACAUUGGACCGCACUUCUGGGCGAAGCUGACGGAUGUUAUGGAGACGGAUUGGAAUGUUUAA